AUGCUGAACAAAAUACUCUGCCGUCUAGGAGUUGCUCCCGGUUGGCAAUUUGUGGAUGUUCUCGGAUUGGAUGAAGAUAUAUUGAGCGCUGUGCCGAGUCCGGCUUGUGCCCUCCUACUGCUGUUCCCCCUUACUGCUCAGCAUGAGAACUUCCGGAAAAAGCAAAUUGACGAACUGAAGGGCCAAGAAGUGAGCUCAGAAGUCUACUUUGUGAAGCAGACGGCGAGUAACUCCUGUGGAACCAUUGGCCUUAUCCACGCCGUAGCUAAUAAUCAAGAUAAAAUUCGAUUCGAUGGAGGCUCUGCGUUAAAAGAAUUCCUCACUUCGACAGCUGGACUCUCCCCAGACGAGAGGGCCAAACGUCUUGAGAACAGCAAGGCUGAAGACGAUAAGGUGAACUUCCAUUUCAUUCUAUUUGCCAGCGUGGAUGGACACCUCUAUGAACUGGACGGAAGAAUGCCAUUCCCUAUAAAGCAUGGAGCUAGUUCAGAGGCCACCAUGCUCAAGGCAUCGGCCGACAUCUGCCGGCAAUUCACCGAACGCGAGCAAGGAGAGGUUCGCUUUUCUGCUGUCGCCCUGUGCAAGUCUGCUUGAAAUUUGGCAACCGAAAUAAUACCCUCCGCCUCUUCACCGGAUGUAAUCCCAGCCUUUAGGGCUUUAGCACUUACGUUUAAAACAUUUAAAAGGAGAAAAAAAUAAGAACAAAGUCAAAAGUCGAGCCGGCUGUUCUUGGUUUUGAAUUUAAGGUGUAACGCGAUCCUGUUUCCUUCCCCCCCACCCCUCCUGAUCUUGUCCUAAAGCCGAAAUUCACGCAACAGUGUCAGAGGUUAAAAACCGUCGGUGUUUGUAAAUGCUUCCUAGGCUUUUGUGAUUCCCGAGUUUCUUUUGAGCGGUUGGUUGUGACUUCUUGUCCGUCGCAAGAAUAAAUUCCUUCUUGCUAG